UUGUUCCAUUAUGGAGUGAACUCUAAGCUCACUGCAGAAAAUUAAAAUUAUGGAGUGAACUCUAAACUCAGUGCAGAACUUACCGAGAGCAGACAAUGGGGGAGGGCAGCAUCAAUGUGAUUGCACCUUUGCUGGACAUCGACGAAUCAUCUGGUGCGUCGGAGGUGCUGCUGCAGCAGGAGCCUGUACCAUGGGGCGUGCUGGCGCGGCUGGCAGCAUGGGAGGCCGGCAACCUGUGGCGCAUCUCGUGGGCAUCCAUCCUCACCACGCUCUUCAGCUUCACGCUCAGCCUCGUCACCCAAAUGUUUGUCGGACACCUCGGUGAGCUCGAGCUUGCCGGCGCCUCCAUCACCAACAUUGGCAUCCAGGGCCUAGCUUAUGGCGUCAUGAUUGGCAUGGCAAGCGCGGUGCAGACUGUCUGUGGUCAGGCAUACGGUGCCAGGAGGUAUGCAGCCAUGGGCAUUGUGUGCCAGAGGGCGCUAGUGCUCCAGCUCGCCACGGCUAUCCCAAUUGCCUUCCUCUACUGGUACGCCGGUCCGUUCCUGCGCCUGAUCGGGCAGGAGGCGGACGUGGCUGCGGCGGGGCAGCUGUACGCGCGUGGCCUGAUGCCGCAGCUGCUCGCUUUCACCCUCUUCUCCCCGAUGCAGAGGUUCCUGCAGGCCCAGAACAUCGUCAAUCCUGUGGCGUACAUCACGUUGGCAGUGCUCAUCUUCCACACCCUUGCCUCAUGGCUAGGCGUGUUUGUGCUUGGCUUUGGCCUCCUUGGAGCAGCACUGAUACUGAGCUUCUCUUGGUGGGUGCUUGUGGUGUUGACGUGGGGUUACAUCGUCUGGAGCCCAGCUUGUAAAGAAACGUGGACUGGACUGUCCUUGCUCGCCUUUAGAGGCCUCUGGGGAUAUGCCAAGCUUGCUUUUGCCUCGGCCGUCAUGCUAGCAUUGGAGAUCUGGUACGUACAAGGAUUUGUGCUUCUUACUGGUUUCCUCCCCAACUCGGAGAUUGCACUUGAUUCUCUCUCAAUCUGCAUCAAUUAUUGGAACUGGGAUUUCAAUAUCAUGCUUGGCUUGAGCUAUGCAGCCAGUAUCCGUGUCGGCAAUGAGCUUGGUGCUAGCCAUCCAAAGGUAGCAAGGUUCUCGGUCAUCGUAGUUGUCGUUGUGAGCAUCGCCUUCAGUUUCCUUGCGACGCUUACAGUCUUAAUUCUGAGGUAUCCACUGAGUACACUCUACACGAGUAGCGCAACAGUAAUAGAGGCUGUUAUCAGUCUGAUGCCCCUGAUGGCAAUCAGCAUCUUCUUGAAUGGAAUUCAGCCAAUUCUCUCAGGGGUUGCCAUUGGGAGUGGAUGGCAAGCAACAGUUGCCUAUGUCAAUGUUGGGGCCUACUACCUGAUUGGGCUUCCAAUUGGAUGUGUUCUAGGAUACAAAACAAGCCUUGGAGCAGCUGGAAUAUGGUGGGGUUUAAUUAUAGGGGUCGCUGUGCAAACGAUAGCCCUGGUCAUUCUCACUGCAAGGACUAACUGGGACAAGGAGGUGGAGAAGGCGAUGCAGCGAUUACAACAGACAGCUGUGGUUCCUGUAAACGACGUCAUCGCAUGAUCGAAGCGGGAGUGGACCUGGGUGACAGUGACACUGAUCUGGAGGCCGGAGCUCAGUUGUGUGGGAGCUUUUUCCUGCAUUUCUGCCCUAGCUUUAGGAUUCAUCUCUGAGAUUGUGGUAAUAAGCUGAAUUUAGGCUAUGAACCUUUUUUUUUUAAUCUAAUUGUCGAACUGCAAAUGGUUUGAUUUCUUGGAGUUGAUCCAUGAGCUUGAUACCCCGAAUCAUGUAUGUGUCGGCAGGUGGCAAUUAAGCACGUGUUUUUGAUUUUUGCCUUUC